AUGCCGAUUACACCGGGAGACGUUUUUGAUGUUCUUCCUAACGGAUACAAGUUUGUUACUUCACACAUCUAUGGGCAGGUGGAGGCGGAGUCAGCUGUGCUGCCUAUCAUCAUCUCGUUCUUCGAGUUGGUUGCAUCUUUCGGGUUAUUUGCGGCAAUUCUGAUAUCCGCAUGGAACACACGGAACUCGACAAGCGAGCGGCUCUUCGUGCGCACUCGCGUCGCGGCGUUUCUGACGCCCCUACUGUUCUGUCAAGUCUUGUCCGCCAUUGGUCAGAUAAUCGGAAUCGCUUGGAUCAGUCGCAUGGGCGUCUUCAUGGGUGGUUUGUGUACUGCCCAAGCCAUCAUCAAACAUUUCAGUGACGUCGGAAUUGCCAUAUUCAAUCUGACAAUCGCUAUACACUCUUUCGGAACUCUGUGGCGAUGGUCGCGGCCACAAGAUAGGGCGUCGAGUCCUAAGCAAGAGUUUGUUGUCUGGUUUGGCCGACCAGUUCCACACAAGGAGUUCGUCAAAUGGCUCCUCUUUGCCUCCGUAUGGGCAAUCAUCGUGAUCAUAUUCACCCUUGGCCCGGCUAUCGGCUCAACAGGCCACAACGGUGAUUUUUAUGGCGUGUGGGGCGAGUGGUGCUAUGUAACGGAUGGAUAUCUGGGUGAACGUGUCGCAUUCGGCUAUGCCUUCAUGAUCUUGUCUGCGACCGUCUCAAUCUGUCUAUUCUUCGCAACCGUUUUUAGCGUCCUCAAGGCCCUGCAGGCUCGACUCAUGGACGCGGAAGAUGGCAAGUAUGAGAACAUUCCUGCAGAGGACGAGGCGUACUCUGUCAUGCUCGCCAAGUUCAUGAUCUGGUUCCCUCUGGUAUACUUCUGCUGUGUGCUUCCCGUCAUCAUCGUGCGCUUCAUCUACUGGGCGGGCGUCUCCAUCCCUUUCGGUGCCACUGUCUUCACAGAUGCGGUAUAUCAUCUUCUCGGCAUACUCGACACCGUGCUAUUCGUCAGCACCCCUGGCCUUUUACCACCUGAAUCGCUACAAGUCCUCCAGUUCUGGAAGCCUCGUCCAGACUCUUCUCAAUCCGUGUCGGACUUCCUCGCCACAGGCUCUUGGCUUAGAGAAUUGAAGAACUUCCCUGAAGCUGUUGCUGAGCGCGAGCGCCGUCCGGCACCGCUCAACCUCGGAGGGUCUGCGACUGCAUCGCUAGGCGACGCGGCGGCGCCACCACCACAGUACGGCGAAGAGACGAAACCCAAGGGCGAUCCUGGAUCCAACGCGUCUACACCUCUCGAGCUACUUCGCGGUCGUGUGAAAGCCCGAAACUCAGCACUGCAUGAACAACAACGCGCAACUUCGAUUGGCUCGUCAGAGUCUCAACCUCGAGUUGUCCCACGCCGUCCGGUACCGGCUUACUGGGAGUUGGAGAACUGGGUCGAGAGAGAGGGCGCAGAGCGACAGGUCGUCGUACACAGUGCAGGAAGCUCGCCGCAGCGCUCCGCUCAUGUCAUCACGGACGUGGCUGAGCCGGUCAUGAAGCGCUGCGCUAGUGCUUCCGUCAUUGAAAUGCGUCCUGCAACUACCCAUAAUGGGCAUCUAGCUGUGCCGAGGCGGGUGCGAUUUGACAUCGCAGCACAGUCGCCCGCUGGUGGUGACACGGCAACCAGCGUCGGCUCCUACUUCGCCGGAGCGCAGGCUGAAGCUCUUGCGACCCGUGUGGUGCCUCAGAUUGAGCGCUCUUUCGAUUUCCCCACGAGCGCCAUCAACACGAUCACCGCCGAGAUGACAACCGUAUCACCCUCAAGAGAACGCGUUGAAAAGCAGGAGCUCAAGGAGAUCGACGUAAACGACUUGGAGAUAGAAUGGGAGUGCCGCGAAGUAGUAGAAGGGAGUGGGGAGUGGGAGUGUACGGAAAAGAUUCGGCCCUCGACGACUUCCUUGUGA